AUGCAAGAUCAUCAGAAUCACCAUGUUCAUGGUUUGAACAUAAUGAGUUUGAUGACUUCUAAUAAAUUGAUUGAUACAUUUGCAAUAUUCAUUAUAUUGUUGAAUUUAAAUAAUUUUUAUUUGUUGGUCCUAUCAUUUUUAUUUAUUAUUUCAAAAAGAUAUACACAUUUUAAAUCUGAUGUAUUCAUUACAAUAUUAUUAUACAAAAUACCAUCUUAUAAUGAUCUCCAUCUAGAGAAUUUUAAGAAAGGUAUCCUUAACGACAACAAGACAAUAUCAAAAAAUCUCAAAGAUAAUAAACAUAUAAUAGAGUUUUUGGUAAAUAUUGGGAUAGCUUCGUUUUUAAGAACUUACUUCAAAUAUGAUAUAAUAAAAUAUAUUCAAAAGUUUGCAUUAUCUAUCAUAGCAUCAUCUAUGGUAAAUCAGCAGUCCAAUAGACUAUUAUUUGCUGUUUUAAGUUGUUUAAUGAUAAUUACGAUAUCAUGGACUAAAGAAUACGCCCAACAUGGUCUUUUCUUACAGACCUUUUUAAGACAAAGGAAUGAAUUAUACAAAUUAUUAGGAGAGAACAUCAUUUACUUUGAAAAUAUUAAGCAAAGAACCAACCUAUUGAUGAAUUCAUAUAACAAUUAUGAGAUUACAAAUCCUUUUAUGUUUAAUACAGAAGUGAACAAUUAUAUAGAUAUUCUGUUCUAUUUACUUUCAUUUCAUUUAAUUGUAGUGCAAUUGUUACAUGAUGUAAAUGCAAAAUUAAAAGGGAGCGAAAACCAAAAGUUUAUGCAAGCUACCGAUAAUUAUACACAACAAGGUUCCAAAUAUAAUACGAAUAACACAGAUGAUUCAAUCAGAGGCGGUGAGUUGAUAACUGUAUUUUCUGACGCGAUAAGCAACUAUAACUUCUGUGAACAAGUUUCUGCAAGUUAUAACUCCCAGACAGUUGCAAUGACUGAUCCUAUUGUGGCUAAUGGUUUUAAUUCUAAACAAAAAGGUAAUCGUGAUUCUUCAAAUUUGAAAGAUAAUACAAAUAUCAUUAAAAAUAAGUUUUAUCAACUAAAUAUAGACUCUAGUAGAUUAGGCUCUGAUGAGUCAACUUUAAAUGAGGUGAACAACGGAAAUUUUAAUGACUUUAAUGCAAAAGAUAACAAUUCUAGAAAAAAUAAUUAUAGUAAUGAAAAAUUUAAUAUCCAAAUAACAGAAACAACUAAUAUAGAGAACUUCAUAAGAUAUCUUUUUCAAUGGAAACGAAACUAUUCUUUAUCUCCCCUUUGGUCAAUGUUUUUUAUUGUUAGAGCAACAAUAUUUGAAAAAAAAUAUUUAAAAGGCAUGACUACUACCAAAGACAAUAUUAAUAACAUUAAUAACACCAAACAUUCUGAAUCAUCUCAAUCUAAUCAGAAUUCCGAUUCAAACAAUUUAAAUGCUGAAGUAGUGAAGAAAAGUUUGUUUAAUACAACUGAGGCAGACAAUAGUAUGGCAUUGAUCUCUAGAUCAGCAUCAGAUGAGUACAAAAGAUUGAAUAUUAUUUCAACAAAUGAAAAUAUAUUUAAUAGAGGCAACAAUGAUUAUAAACUCUGUAUCAUUAAUAUAAGCUGCAAUUCCAUAACGUUCCAUAUCGAGAAUUUACACGAAGGUCAACUGAUUGUAUUGGUUAAUGGUGUAAUUUGGUCUGAGGUAUCUUGUGCUCUGCUUCUUAACCGUGAAGGUGAGGAGUACGUCGAAGUGAACGGUUUAGUACCAUUAAGUUCCUAUGAUAUUCAAUUUAUUAACCGAUUAGAGGAUUCAUUUGAUUAUCUAAUAUCUGAUGUUGUUGUAAGGACAAGUUCAGCUUUAGGUUCUAGAAAUGGUACUGACGAUAGCGAUCAAUCAAGUAUUAGCGAAAGUUUAACUUAUGGAAGAAAAAGUAACUCAACAAAUAUGCCAGCUUCAAUGAAUAAUAUGUACACAAUUGAUUUCAGUUUUCCCUCAUUUUAUCAUAGAAAAUUUUUGUCACCUUUAUUGACUCUAAAGCACUCUGUCCUGACAACAAACACUAAUUUAGCUGAAGAAAGAGUAAAAUUAAGAAAAUCUAAGAAGGAAAUAAGCAAAAAGUUGAACGCAAUUAAGCAAGAGAUCGACAAUUGUAAGUCAAAAAUCGACCAAAAUAUCUUUCAUGAUGAGAAGAGCACAACAAAAAUGGACAAUCUAAAGAUUUCUUUGAAGAAGAGUGAAGAAAUGAAUAGUAAAUUAGAACAGCAACUAAAAGAAAUAUCUGAGUUUGAGUUAAAGACAGAAGAGAGAUAUCUUAAAGAAAAAGAUCUUCAUUUGAAGAGAGUAUUAGAAUAUAGCAAGCUAGAAGAAAACUUAAGAACAAGUUACGAAGAUAAUGACAAAAAGCUAUCCAAUUUAAAAUCAGAUGAACUUAAUUUGAUAUCAAAGCUAGAAAAAUUAAAGAGCAAAUAUGACAAAUUAGAAAAAGAAGCUAACCAAGAUUCCACAGAGACAGACGAGUUAAAGUCCAGAUUUAUAAACAAAAGGUUACAAGAUCGUUCCAAAAGGGAAGAAGCUAGAAUAAAGAACUCAACUGAAUUCCAAUUUGCAAUUAAAGCGUUAGAACAAGAUAUCUCAAGGAUUGAAUCUGAAAACCAAAAUUUCCAAAGAAUCAUACCAAAUUAUUAA